AUGACUCCAUAUGCAGGCCACUUUCAGCCGCCCGAGGCGGAGCGGAUAAUCGAAAUAAACGUUGGCCCGGAAUCAGCGCCUAUGUGGGACGAAUAUAAAGCGUUGAUGACGAACGUCGACGACCAUCAUCCUCACUUGAAAGCCUUAAAUGAACACGCAAUAAAAUUGUGUAUCAAACAGCUCAUGUCCAAACAGAUGACCGCUCUGUUCAUUAACCCCAACGUGAAAUUUGAUUUGGUUAUAACAGAGGCCGAUAUGCCGAUAUUGUACGCGGUAGCAGAAAAGUAUAAAGCGCCGCAUAUAUCAAUCACCACAUCGAGCGGUAAAAUUCAUCAGUACGAAGCCAAAGGCAAUCCGGUCAAUCCCAUUCUAUAUCCAGAUGUGAACGCCAAAAGUUAUAGGAACCUAACCAGCUGGCAAAAACUCUCCGAACUGUAUCGCCAAUAUCAAACAAAAUAUGAAUAUUACAACUAUUUCUUACCGUUAUGUGAAGUGGCUGCCCAGAAAAUACUCGGACUAAAGAGGAGCCUGUUGGAAGUUGAAUACGACAUUGAUUUGUUGUUCGUAGCUAGCAAUCCCGCUUUAAUAGGAAAUAGACCGUCAGCUCCUGCUACUGUUUACACAGACCGCCUGCACUUGAAACCUGGGCUCCCUUUGCCAAUGGACCUCAAAUCGCUGCUGGAUUCGGCUACCAAUGGCGUUGUUUACUUUAGUUUGGGCACAAUACAGGACUCAGAACAACUCGCACCCAAACUUCUAGAUGUUCUAGUUGAAGCGUUCAAAGAACUUCCUUAUUUAGUUCUGUGGAAAAUGGGUAACACGACCAUGAUUAAUAAACCUGAUAAUGUUAUCGCACAAUCGUGGUUCCCCCAACAGGAAGUACUAGGUCUCUACUGCGGUCGAACUGAACUAGAGGAUGGUUCAUGGAGUGAAUGUGGUGCCUGUCCUCGCGGGUACCGAACUAAUGCUUCUAGUUACUGCACUCCAUGUACUGAUGAACCAUACCUUUAUGAUUGGCAGUAUUUAGGCUUCAUGGUGCUUUUACCUUUGGUACUGCAUUGGUUCUUUAUUGAUAUGGUAGCAGUUAAUAAAAGCAAAACUGGCAUUAUAGCGCAGCAUGUUUGUGCAUUCACUGAGGUUGUCACAGGCACCUUUGCGGCAUUGCUUAUUCUGCCUCCAACUGGUUCUAUAGCUCUGUAUGUUUGUACACCUAAGGCCCUGUCCGACUGGUAUACUCUCCUACAUAAUCCACAACCAGAUUAUAAGGAAACAUUGCACUGUACCCAGGAAGCUGUUUACCCAUUGUACACAAUUGUAUUACUUAUAUAUGCAUUCAGUUUACUCUUGACCAUUUUACUGAGGCCAUGGAUUCUAACUUGGCACACUCCAAAUCCUGGCAAGAAAGCUAUCUACUGUGCAUUGUAUUUCUACCCAAUACUAGUUCUAAUACACACUAUUGCAGCAGGUCUAAUAUAUUGUUCCUUCCCCUAUAUAGUUAUCAUCAUCUCAAUGAUGACAUCGGCAUCUCACUUUUCAAUUAAAAUUGAUCAGUCGGCACCAGCAUUACUUAUGUCAUCCGUUUCCAAUACAAGGAAUCUGUCC